GAAGUCUUGAACCUAAUCCUUUAUCCUUUCCUUCCUUUAACAGUUUGCAGAAGUCCACUGUUCGGGGGCCAGAGUAUCUCCUGAGACAGAAUGAAAAGAAUCGCCUUGAUUUGAUAGAAGAGAGACUGAGAGAGAGACAGAGAGAGAAGGGAAAGGAAAGAUGCUCUCACUAAAGCUGUUACGUUCUCUGGUUUUAGGGGAAACCAUUAACAAUCCUCUCCAAUUUAACCAAAAUCACCAUGAUCUUUCAGACGAUGAUGUCCCUGUUCACACCCAUGAUAUCCAUACCCAUAAUCAAAGAAGCAGCAGCAGAAGAAGAGAGAGCAACAGUAAUGGAACCAAAACAAAAACCCCUUUACUCAUCUUCCUCCCUACCAGAGAGGUUGUCAGGGACACAUACAGACUAGCCACAAUUGCCAGAGACAUGGGCAUGGAUUUAUACCCGAGCCCAUCUCUCUCCCAUGUCAUCUUCUUAUGGCCAUCUUCAUCGUCUUCGUCAUCAUCAUCUUCUUCAUCAUCGCCAUCUCCAUCUGUACCAUCCUUAUGGUCAUCAUCAUCAUCAUCUUGGUCAUUCUCAGGAGAUGCCAUUCCUCUCCCCUUUCCUUCCCUCACUACUGCCUCAACUGCUCAGCUUCGCAGCUUUGUUGGUCUUUCCAAGGGCCUCUUCAAGCUCGCCUUUUGCAGCUUCAGCAGUAACAGCCGCAACAGUAGCGACGGCGAUGGAGAUAACACACGUGACUGGGACUGCUCUUCGCUUUCUCUGUAUUCCCGAUUGAGUGGUGAUCGUAUCGAUAGCAUGGAUGGCUUCUGCAGAGCCAUAGCUGGAAUGGGUUGGACUCUUUUCAAAACCAAGAACAACCCAUCUCUUGUUUCAGGUGAGGGAAUCUUUAAUGGUGUCAAGUCUGUCCAUCUCUUUAGGAAGAUUGAUUCUAAUAAGGUUCGGGCAUCGCAAUCGAAUGGAGGUGGUGAACCCACAUCUGGGGAGUUCAGAAUUAGAGAGUUGAGGUUGCCUCCUUUGGAUUUCAGGAAUGCCCCUUUAAGGAUUUUGCAGUACAUAAUUCUGAUGACUGAUGAUCUCUUCUAUCUUGCGUGAACCGGUCAUUGAGCAGUAGUCAUUUUGCAGUCCAUUUCUUUUACAGCAUAUGCAUUUCUUCCUUUGUGCAGAUAUCUUCAACAAAUUCAAUGGUUACAGUAUGUUAUUUGAAUACAACAGCUAACCAACGGGCAUUUAGCAAUCCAGAAAAGAUUUCACGGCGGUCUUUUGGAACCUUACUAACUUGUUAAAUGUAGUAAGAUUGGAAUUUGAAUUCCAUGGUCGGUCAUCUUAAAUGAGCAGUGAUCUUCAACUUGCCAUACCCAUACAAAUGUCAUCGAAAGCAGAUUCUCCAAUUCAGGGAAUGGAAGCCAGAGUGCUUUCAACCAUGGCAAAAUUGAAGGGAGGCUCACCAGCUGAAAAAGACAUGGAGGAAGAGCAUUCUGUUUCAUUUCUAUAGAGGACAUCUUUGCACCAUCUGUAAUUCAAUAUGUUCAUCAAAUCAGUUGAUUAGCCACGGCAUAUGGCAUAUGAUGUUCAAUAUUAAUAGACAUGAUGUGUCCGAAGAGAGGCGUUGAUCUUGACUUCUUAUCAUGGAUUAUCAAAUUAACGUAGUUGAAUUGAUCCGAGACUGGGUUACAGAUUUUGUCAUUGUAGAUUAGCAUGUAGGACAAUCUUACAUGUUAUCCCGUAUGAUUGCUCUUAUUUGUGUAGGCUCCUUGUUCACAUGUGUACUUGGACAUCCCUGGACUUAUGUUUGAUACCUUUGGACCAGUUUGCUGGGACUGGAAGCAAUAUAUUUCUUAUUAACUU